GCAGAGCUGAUUGGCUGAUCUUGGGCGUCUACGCCGUCCGGUUUUCCGGAAUUUGGGUUGAGCUGGGGAAAAUCGAGUAUGGCCUCGUUUAGUCAGCGUGUCUUGUUGAGUCAGCCCUUGCGCGAGCUGCAGGGACCUCUGCUCCCACCCAAGGACCUGCUGGAGGCGGAAGAUGAUUAUCUGAGGGAGGAUGUGGAGGAUGAUGAAGACACGGUGUUUGUCGAUGCUGAGGAACUCUGCAGUGGGGGCGUAAAGGCUGGCAGCCUUCCCGGGCGGCUCCGUGUUUCAAUUUUGGAUGAAAACACUCGACAACAAUGUGACGUGUUUGGCCGUUUUCCAUUAAUGGGGGCUUGGUGGCGAGUGAAGGUACAGGUAAAGCCUGUAGGAUCAAGGAUCUAUCAAGUUCAAGGAUAUCCAUCUUACUUUUUACAGUCCGAUAUGUCACCACCAAAUCAAAAACAGAUCUGUUCCCUCUUUCUUAAAGACUGUAAUGUCUCCAGUGAUAACAGAAUGAAAUUUUUAGCAUGGGUGAAUGAUAGAUCGAACUAUAAAGACCUCAACUUUGAAAAUCUUAGGGAAACAUUACGAGCUUACCAAGAGGAAAUUGGAAGGAAUGGUCAAAAACAAUCUACACAAAAAACACAGGACACAUCAUCCCCAGAUGACAAGGUAUUACUUCCUCUGGAAAACUCAAUUCCAUUUAUAACUGUAAUGAGAGCUUUGCAGUUUCCAAAAAUAAUGGAAUUCCUCCCAGUUCUUCUGCCUCGACACUUUAAACGGCUCAUAAGCUUAGAUUCUGUACAGGUGUUGGAAAAGAUAGAAGAGAUUUUAGGUACACAGCCAUGGAAACUUGGAUUUCAUAAGAUAACCUACAGAGAAUUGAAGCUUUUGCGGUGUGAGGCAAGCUGGACAUCAUUUUGUCAGUGCAAAUCUCUUCUCCAGUUGAUGACCGAUUUGGAGAAGCAUGCAUUACUCAUAUAUUUUCAACUGAAGCGGAUCUGUAGAGAGCAGGGGCACACGUGCAUUGAGAUAGCUGACUUCACUUCUCAGUUGUUAGACUGUAUGUCUAUUCAUGAUGCUUGGCAGUCGCUGAAGUUCUUGAAGGAUAUUGGUGUGGUGACCUAUGAGAAGAGCUGUGUCUUUCUCUAUGACCUUUACCAGGCAGAAAGAGGCAUUGCCUCUUCGAUCAGUGACCUCAUGACAAGGCCACCAUGGCAGUUACAUGUCGAUGUCAAAAAGGUGCUUGCGUCUCUCUCCACCCCAAGACCUGAGAAUCCAGGAAGUGAUGAUAGACCGAAUGAGAGUCAGCCUGAUGGAACAAGGUCAGAAGAGCCGGUGGACAUUCCGAACACCCAGGACCUUGGGGACCAGAUUUGUGACAAUGGUGAAAAUGAAGUUAGGGCAGAAAUCAGUGACGUUCAGCUGGAUCAGGAUCAGGUGGCUGCUUUGGACAUGAUCUGCGCCCAUGCUGUGACAGUCAUAAGCGGGAAGGGUGGUUGUGGGAAGACCACAAUCGUGAGCCAGCUUUUUAAGCAUAUAGAGCUAUUGGAAGAGCGAGAAGUGAAAAAAGCCUGCGAAGAUUUUGAGCAAGACUGGGAUGUACCAGAUGAAUGGAUGACCUUCACCGAGCAAAGGCAGCUGCAGGCAGGCAAGGCUAUCGAAGUUUUACUUACAGCACCUACAGGGAAAGCAGCUGGCUUACUGAGGCAGAAGACUGGUUUUGAUGCUUAUACAUUACAUCAGGUCAACUACAGCUUCUAUAUAUGGGAGAAGAAGACGACCAAGGACAUGCCAUGGAAAUUUUCUUCGGUUAGAGUUCUGGUGGUGGAUGAAGGGAGUUUGGUAUCUGUAGGAAUCUUCAAAUCGGUUUUAAAUUUAUUGUGUGAGCACUCCAAACUUUCUAAGCUUAUAAUCCUUGGUGAUAUUAGACAGUUACCCAGCAUUGAACCUGGUAACUUGCUGAAAGAUCUUUUUGAGACUCUUAAGACAAGAAAUUGUGCUAUUGAACUAAAGACAAACCAUAGAGCAGAAUCUGAACUAAUUGUGGACAAUGCUACAAGAAUCUCAAAACGCCAAUUUCCAACAUUUGAUGCAGAGCUGAAUAUCUCUGAUGAUCCAACAUUCCCUGUCUCAAUACAAGAUAAAUCAUUCAUUUUUGUCAGACUCCCAGAAGAAGAUGCCAGUUCUCAGUUCUCAAAAAAUAAUCAUCACCCUAAUUUAUAUUCUGCGGUUAAAAAUUUACUCAAAGAAAAGGACCUAGAAGAUGCAAAAACAUCACAAUUCAUUGCAUUUCGAAGGCAGGACUGUGACGUGAUCAAUGCCUGCUGUUGCAAGCACUACACGGGCCAUCUAAUCAAAGACCAUCAGAAUAGGCUUGAAUUUGGAGUCGGCGAUAAAAUUUGUUGUACCAGGAAUGUGUAUCUCUCAGAGUUACUCCCUGAAAAUACCUCGAACGGUCAGCAAAAUGAUGAAGCAGACGCCAGUGGUAAAGACUUGAAUGGUAUUCCUCACGGUUUUGCUAAAAAUAAGCAUGACUUUGAAAGUGGUAUUCGCCUCUGCAAUGGAGAAGUGUUUUUUAUAACAGGGGAUAAAACUGAUAUCACUUGUGGAAAGAAAAGAUUUUUGACCAUUAAUAAUAUGGCUGGCUUGGAAGUAACUGUGGAUUUUGGGAAACUAAUGCAGUGCUGCCACAUAAAACAUGCGUGGGCAAGAACUAUUCACACGUUCCAGGGGUCGGAGGAGAAGACAGUCGUGUACGUGGUUGGGAAGGCGGGCCGCCAGCACUGGCAGCACGUGUACACUGCGGUGACCAGGGGCCGCUGCCGAGUGUAUGUCAUUGCGGAAGAGUCUCAGCUUCGCAGCGCGAUCCUGAGAAAGAGUGUUCCCAGAAAAACUCGCUUAAAACAUUUUUUGCAAAACAAGCUCUCCAUGAGCUGUGCAUCUCCAGAAGCGUUUCCAUCCCCAUCAAAGAGCCCUGGAGACAGCCGGAGACCCCGCACACAGCGGUCAGCAUCCCCCCUCCCUACAGUCCCAGCCGACACGGUGACAAAUGACGUCCCUGGAAGCGAGGCCGCUGCGGCUGGUGACAUGCUGUUUACCGUUGCCAAAGGAGGGGAGUUAGAUUCAUCCGACGAAGUGGAUACAACUGAGGAUCCAUCGCAACUGAGAGGGUCCAAAAGAACGUGCUGCAUGAACGACGAUGAAAGUCCAAGCAAAAUUCUCAUGGUGGAAGAAUCUCCACAAGUAUCUUCCAAGCUUCAGAAUUUGAGACUAAAUAGCUUAACGCCCAGGCAACUUUUCAAACCCAAAACUAAUCAAGAAACUUAAUUUUAUUUCAGAUAGCUUAAAAUAAUUGUCUUUUUUUACCGUCCAACACAAAAUGAACAUCAUAGCUUCAGAGGAUCAAGACAAAAGAGGAUGUCUAUUAACUGGAGUUUUAAGGCGUUUUUGUGAGCAGAUGUUUUAAAUUUAUUUCAUCAAAGAAAACCUUCAUGAUUUCGAUGUGUGUCCUCAUGAGAACUGGUAGCACUGUUCAUAUGUGAAGGGAAAAAAUAUAUAUAUAUAUUUUUUUAAAACUCUGUAUUUUAAAAGUUUUUAGAAUAAUGCCUUAUUAACUUCUAUCAGCAUUGCGGAUGAUCUUUGCCAAUGGGUUGAAGCAACAGUAAAGAUAAACUGAGCUGCAGCUCUUAAAUUAUUGACAUAUUCUAGGACAUUGUAUCUUUUGCAAAGUGGUCAUCUCACAAGGCUGCCACCUGCUCUGUCCCUGCUGCCUGGGCCCACUGCAUCUGGUCCAUUUUCCUGGAAGUUCCAUCUGAGUUGGAAGCUCAUCCUUUUUUGCUUUUGUUUUUCUUAAUUUGAGUUGUAAUUGACACAUAACACUGUAAGUUUAAGGUGUGCAUCAUGUUGAUUCAGUACUUCUGUAUUGCAAUAUAAUUACCGCUGUAGCAUUACCUAGUCUAUCAUGUCAUAUAAUUAUCAUUUCUUAUGAGAGUACAUUGUUUUGAAGAUAUUCUACAUUGGAAUUUUUUUUCUUUAAGAGUAAUUUAUUUUUUGAGAGUUUUAUUUAUUAUUAUUGGUAAAAGAUUAGGAAAAAAUAUACCUGUUAUCCUCCUGCCUUAAAAACAGCCUCACUGAGAUAUAAUUCACACCCAUUUACACAGUUGAGUGGCUUCUAUUAAAUUCACAGAGUUGUGCAACCAAUGCCACAGUUGAUUUUAGAACAUUUUUAUUGUCCUGUAACUCUUAGCUCUAAUCCCUUUAUCCCCUUCAGUCUUAGAGCUGCUACUCUUUGUCUCUCUUGACUUGCCUAUUCCAGACAUUUCAUAGAAAUGGAAUCAUACAACAUAUGAUCCCUUGUAACUGACUUCUUUGACUUAACAUGUUUUCACACUUUAUCCAUGUUUUAGCAUGUCAUAGUGUUUCACCUCUCUUUUUUAAAAGAGUCCAAAAAUUAUGUGGAGUUCCCACUG